UCUCAAACCGGAGGGUCGAGCGAGCAAACGAAAAUAUGCUUUUUUUCGCUUCUUCUUCUUUUCUUUUCUUCCUCUGCCACUUGAGCGCCAGCACUGUGAACUCGGGAACGGUCGGCGUUUGUUUCAGUCGCAGAACCACUUUCCGCUGGCUCACUGCCUUCCCUCCCGCCUCUCCAUUGAUCUCCGAGACUGUUCUCUCUCCGUCUCUCUCUGUGUGUGAACGGAGACUGCAAUGAGGUUACUCUUAGCUCCGGCUCUCUUCUUCUGUGCUCUCCUCGUCUGCUUUCCGGCCACUGAAUCAGCCAAUGGAGAUUCCAACUCCACCGCGGAGGUAAAUGCAACCCUGGAUUCCAACUCCACGAAACUCAGAUCCAGGGAGGACACCUUCGCCUUCAUGAUCGAUCGCGCACUGGAGAAGGAGUUCAAUGAGACGGACCAGGGUGAAGCCACUGAUCCCGGCAGCUUCAAUAACAGUGUUGCUGGACAGCAGGUUGUUCAAGUUCAACACUGGGCUUUAAUUGAUGGUCUUGUAACUGUUGCUCUGGCUCCAAUUGAACUAGUUUUACUAGCAGAUCUGACAACUGCCAACUCCCCUGUGAAAUAUGCCAGGUCCUUUCAGUUUCAUAGUGUUUUCAAUUUUGACAAUGAUAACCGAGGGGAAGAUGCUCCAAGAUUGAUUGAUAAAAAGGACAAUGUCUUUAUAAUAUCAAAUCCGAAGUCCAAAUAUCCUGUGCUACAACUUGACUUAACUUUGAUAUCAGAUCUAGUGGUUGUCAUCGUUUCUGCUGCUUGUGGUGGAAUAGCAUUUGCUUGUGCUGGACAACCGGUAUUUACAGGAUACCUGCUAGCAGGAUCUGUAAUUGGGCCAGGGGGCUUCAGCUUUGUCAGUGAAAUGGUACAGGUGGAGACAGUGGCACAAUUUGGUGUUAUUUUCCUCCUGUUUGCACUGGGUCUGGAGUUCUCCGUCACCAAGCUUCGAGUUGUCCGAGCAGUUGCUGUUGUUGGAGGCCUUCUCCAGAUUUCGCUCUUUAUGUGCCUUUGUGGAUUGAUAGCCUCGUUCUGUGGAGGUAAGCCUUCAGAGGGAGUAUUUGUUGGUGCAUUUCUCUCAAUGUCUUCGACUGCUGUGGUUUUGAAAUUUCUGAUGGAAAGAAAUAGCAUCAAUACCCUGUACGGUCAGGUCACUGUCGGUACCCUCAUUCUGCAGGACUGUGCUGUUGGCCUGCUGUUUGCUUUACUUCCUGUCCUUGGUGGUACAUCUGGCGUUCUUCAGGGGGUGAUAUCCAUGUCUAAAUUGUUAGUGUUGCUACUUGCAUUUUUGGCCGCUUUAACAAUUCUAUCUCGUACCUGUGUACCAUGGUUCCUAAAGCUUAUGAUCAGCUUAUCAUCACAGACUAAUGAACUCUACCAGUUGGCAUCAGUGGCAUUCUGUCUGCUUGUCGCCUGGUGUAGUGACAAGUUGGGCCUAAGCCUUGAACUGGGAUCCUUUGCUGCCGGUGUGAUGAUAUCCACGACUGAUCUUGCCCAACAUACACUCGAGCAAGUGGAACCAGUUCGCAACUUAUUUGCCGCUCUCUUUUUAGCUAGCAUUGGGAUGUUAAUACAUGUCCAAUUCCUGUGGAAUCACGUUGAUAUAUUACUUGCUUCCGUACUGUUGGUCAUUGUUGUAAAAACUAUCAUUACUGCAUCUGUAGUCAAAGGAUUCAGAUACAACAACAAAACUGCACUCCUUGUUGGGAUGACCCUCGCACAAAUUGGGGAAUUUUCCUUUGUUCUUCUAAGUCGUGCUUCUAAUCUCCAUCUGAUUGAGGGUAAAUUGUAUCUACUGCUUCUCGGAACGACAGCCCUCAGUCUGGUGACGACCCCAUUUCUUUUCAAGUUAAUUCCUGCCGUGGUACACCUUGGAGUGCUGUUGCGGUGGUUCCUUCCAGAUAGCGCCCACGAGAUUGGGUAUAAAGGAGAUAGCUUUCUGUCAGACAGCGCCAAGCGCAUAACUGUGAUGGUCCACGGCAAUCACCAUUCAUGAUUGAUGAUGAUGAUGAUGUUAUAGUAUAAGAUUCCACAUUUGCUAGGAAAAGCCAAAAAUUACCUACCUGAUGGGCUUCCUUGUUAUACUCUCUGGGGGGCAGGUGCUUAAAGAAGGCAAAGGAGGUUGAGUUUCACUGACUGUAACAGUCUAAGGCCAACUGCUCUCUAUUAUCUUCCCACACCCCAAAAGUGCAAUUGUAUAAAGAAAAAGUGCUCCCUUCCCCUCUUCUUCUCGAUGUAGCUUACACAGUCAGUCUCCCUCACCCUCCCUCCCCUGACCAGCAGCAGAAUGUUGGAUGGUAAACUCGGCAAAAUCGCGGCGACCCGGUCACAAUGUAUGUGGCUGAUGGACCAACAACACACCGCACUUCCACGCCUCCCCCCUACUUUGUAACAUGUAGUUUCUAAGCUGUAGAGUGAUUGAUAAUGUUUUUUUUCUUCUUCUUCUUCUUGGAUCUGUGUUCUUUCCCCCCCCUCAUCCUAUUGUCAAUGUUUUCAUGUCCAUUUUUGUUCAUCUUAAGUUUUAGGGUUUAGCAACAAGUAAUCCACUUUCGAAAUCCAAGUAUGGAAGUUUUAGGAAGAUCAACUAACUAUUCAGGGUGCCCCUCUACAAAAAGGAUCAGGAAUCGAGCUGGCCAUUUGGUUUUUUGUUCUCCAUUUUUCUCUCCCAAUAUUUUGUAUUUAGGGCAACAUGUCACAUGUGUAAGCUCUCUCUCGAUUCAUUAGUUGAUUCUUCCUUUUUUUGCUCUUUCUUUGUGCUUUGGCUUAGGGGAAAGUAGAGUGCACUAUAUGGCUGCAAUAUGUGAAAAGAUUUCUGCAUUACUCGGCAGACUCAUGACAGUGGUCGAUUUGGACUUAAA